AAUAAAUGCUUUUUCUGUAAUGGGUAUUUCUCAAAUUCAAAUUGUUGCCUUUUUAUGCUGCUUCAAUUCUUUAACCCCAAGUUGUUAUUUUUGCAAUUUUCUGAUCACAUAUGCUAUUGUAUAUUUGAACUUGGUAUAUUUCCUUUUUUUAUUUAUAUAUUCAUGUUUGAUUUGUCUUAAGUUAACAGAUAAAACGUUGAGAUUAUUAUUUUCUAAAAUUGCUGAUUAGAAACUAUUGAACAUAUGAACACCCCUUUUGUAACCCAUGCAGCAAAAGGGAACUUCUUUUGAAGUUUUUUCCUGAAAAAUGAAGAAGUCUGUUCAAUUUGUAUUGAAAAAAAAAAUCAUGUUUUUUUCCAAAAUUCUAUCCCAAUCUUUAGUUAUAUUUUCAGAUAAUAUGAGCCUCGAAAAAUUGGUCCUGACAACAAUAGGGUAGUUGAAUUUUUUAUUUUUUAUUUUUUUGUCUUUGGCAUAAAAUUUUAUUCUUGCAAUGCAUGAUUUUUAAAACCUGAUAAAGUUAAAUCCCGUUUAUAUUGAAUGGUUUCACUAUCUAUUGAAUUGUACUUGUGGUUAAGUUGGGGACAAUAUUAAUGUUGUUUAGGUGUGGGCCGUUAGACGGAAUAUAAACCUUUGGAACUUCAGUAUGCUCAUGCAUCAAGAUCGCUGUUGGUGGUGUACAAUUUUAGUAUCUGAACAUUUUUACUUAUCAAUCCCGAAUGAACUUCUCAGUCUAAUUCUCAAAUUCUUGCACAAUACUAAAUCAUGGCGCGUUUUCAUUUUACACCGAGGUCUUGGGUUCAAAAACUCCAGUCGUCAUUCCCCACUUCUUUGUCGGUUUACACGGUAGAGGGUGGGGAUGCACUCUGUCUGUAUUUCUCUUCCUCUCCUCCACGUGCAGGAUAAGGCUACAUGUGAGGGAGGGUGUUAGCUUGAUUUACGCUGUAGGUCAAUUCCGUUUACAGCUUAAGCUUUUCAAGUUCAGUGUUGUCUAACAGUAUUUUGUUAAUUUAAUUCAAAUAACAGAAGAAUCUAAUCAAGUACCUCAAAAACUCUAUAUAUCAAUGAAGUUUUGAAACCUGAUUGAAGAUGGUAUUAAUAUCACAGGUAAUAGAAUUCUAUGGAUUUCAACUGCCAACCCCUCUGAUUUGCGGUUAAAUAUCCUCAUUGCCGAUCCAGCUGAAUGUGAACAAUUUGCAUGUUUGUCAUGCAGAAAAUGGAUGCAGACAAUGAGAACAUAGAGCCUGUGACUGAUUUGGGACUAUUUCUGGGAUAUUUGAAUCAAUGCAUUCGGAGAAAAUUGAACGGUGAUUCAGGUGCAGGUGCAAAUGCAGGUUCAAGGAUACACAGGGCAUUCGUGGCUCCUGAGCCCCUGUCAGAAUUAGUUUGGGAUAAAGAUAAAGGUCCAAGUAAUGUCACUCUUUCACCGCCACAAAGCAAUAUAGGCAGGUCUACUACUGACAGGCUUACUGAUGACGUGGACUUUCUAACAGCACAGACAACAGUUCAUCUAACGAGAGAAGUUGCAAGUAAAGAAAUGACUAUGUCUCCCACAAGCGAUGCUGGCGUCAUGCUAAUAUGCAGGUCAAGCCAUGAGACGGGAAAUGGUAGUAAUGUGGAGGAAGUGAAAGUGGCUGUGGAAGUAUCUGUUCCACAUAACCAGGAGGGCAAUUGCAGUCAAGCCAAUGUCGAAGUACAUGAAAUACCUCAAAUAUCUGAGACCAAAGAAAAUUUCAUUACAAGAUUGUCAGGUAACGGUGACAGAGAGGGGGCUGAUAUCUUAUUUGUCGAAUCAGAUCAAAAGAUACCUUUUGUGGAACAAACUGAACCAUUAUUGGAGGAUUCUGUUGGUCAGGACAGACAUGCUGAUGUUGGGGAUCAGAAAAUGCAACUUGUUUUGACUUCCAAAGUUCACCCAGUGAACGAAAGUAAAGCUUCAGAUGCUCCAGUGAUGAAUAAAAAGGUACAAGGCAGUAGGCCUUUGGAUAUACUGGAGGCAACAGCUGAGAAUGAUAUAAUGAACCUUAAAGAUGAACAUGCUUAUGCUGCAGCAAGUCAGUUUUUAGGAUCAGAAUCUUCCCCAGGGGUUAAGGACAGGUUCGAACAAGGUCAGGAGAUGCUUCCUGGAAAUGAAUCUGUUCUUGACAAACACUCUCCUACUAACAGCAGCAUCCAUAUGCAUCGAAGGAAAGGCAAAGAAAAAGCGUUAUCUGAUGAAGAUCAUAAUGGAAGAAUGACAAAAGAUAAGGAUGAUAGCCAUGAAAGUGUUGAGAGCUGUAAUAGUGUAGGAUUGUUUUCGUCGGGCAAGAAGAGAUGGAACUCCGAAGAAGAGUUCAUUGUCGGGAGUAAAAGAUUCAGAAAGCAAAUUCUAGAAACUCCGAUCUGCGCAUCCUCUAGUAGACAAGAUAGCUCCUUCAUGGUUUGGAUAUCAAGCAUGGUGAAAGGGUUUUCAAAAUCAAUACAAGAUGAGGCACCGCCUCUUGCACUUACCCUUGCACAUCCUGAUCAUGGAGAUGAGAAUCCUGAUAAUAAACUUAUCACAUGCAAUUUGAACCAAGGUGAUGCGGUAAAAAGUAUCGGUUUCCAGACAAUUUUUCAGUCCUUGUAUUGCCCAACUGCAGAGCGCCAAGAAGCACAGAUAUUGAGUAACAAUCAUAAAUUAGUAGAUAUAUCAACUGAACUCGAGCCAGCUACUUCUCCAAAAGUCUGUCAUGGGGAGAAUAUUAAUUUAGGCAGAGGAUUUAUGCUGCCAGUUGAAAAGUUCAACAAAUCUUCAUCAGGACAUGAAGUGCGUUCAGCAGGCAGUCAGGGGAAAAGCCAUACUGGCUCCGAGGAGAAAAAGAAUCCAUGCAACUUUCCGUUUUAUAAACGGAAAGAUAGAGUUAGCCCUAAUUCUUCUCUGUGUAAACUCAAGAAAGGGAGGGUCGAGGAUGUUGAAUCUAGCUCACAAUUUAAAGGGAAGACGACUGAUGAAUUUGGUUAUAGAAGGGACCUGAUGGGAAGCUUGUGGAUAACUCGGUUCACUCCAAAAACACCCAGUCCAUCUUUAAUCACAGAUCAUUACAACAAGGGUGCUGAUGGAGUUCUUGAGUGCUCCAACGACCACAAACAUGUGGGGGACAAGGAACAGUCCGCUGGUGAUUUAGUUAUUGUCAUUGGUAACAAUCUGCAAAACUGUGCAGCUGACAAUGAGGGCUCAUCUGCUUUCAAUAGAAAUAAAGGUCAGAGUGGUCAAGCGUCCAUGUCCGAAUUCAGCCCUAUCUUACCUUCCUCUGAAGUCAGAAGUUCGGAAGUGGCUUCUGUUUUUGCUAGGAGAUUGGAUGCCCUUAAGAACAUCACCCCAUCCAGUGCAUCAGAUUAUUGUUGCAGUCAGAGUGAAACGAAGCUGAAUUCAAGAAUUGAUGGAGAUAUGAAGCUCCUAACUGGUAAGGAGAGUCAGUUCGAUGCUUCUGUUGCUCAUAAAUGUUUUAAUGAGGACACUUCAAGAAUGGAGACAGGUAUCAAUAUGAGCUGGAAUGCUAAUGAGAUGAGAGCCUCUAAGAAAAUAUCAUAUCGUUCAAAUUCAGUUAUGCAAAACAGUGCUUCAAGCUCUGUGGAAAAUAAGUUGAAAGAAAAUCAGAUCAUGCCCUCGUCACAGUUUGUCAAUAUGCAGAUUCCAAAUAUACCGAAAGGAAUCAUCGAAUCUGUGAAAAGGCUUCGCUUGUCUCGCACAGAUGUUCAGAAAUGGAUGGAUUCCCGCAUGUCACUCUCACAACUCGAGGGGUUUUUCCUCCGCCUGCGGCUUGGGAAGUGGGAAGAAGGACUUGGGGGAACUGGAUACUAUGUGUCUUGCAUAACUGGCUCUCAGAAAGAGAGUUGUCCACAGAAUGUGAAAGACUCUAUAGCUGUUAUUGUUGGGGGGAUAAGAUGUAUGGUUAAGAGCAAGCAUGUAUCCAACAACGAUUUCCACGAGGACGAGCUGAGGGCAUGGUGGUCUGCUGCCUCAAAGAGCAGUGGCAAGAUUCCGUGUGAAGAAGAUUUGAGAGAAAAGGUAAAGAGAAAACGAAUGUUAGGCUUGUAGUUUUUUCGGUAUUUAUAAAUUUCAACUUGGUUUGAACUUUCUCUUGCAAACAAGAGUGAUAAGAUCUGCCGGAAGUCUUCUGUACAUAGUUAUUCUGAAAUUUUUACCUUGGAUAUUUUUUUGUGUACAUGAAGAGCAUUCUGCAGUUUAAACUAUGAAAUAGUAUUCAACUGAAAUUAUAAGAGUUUAAGGAUUCUUUUGGCUA